UCCUAAGCCCUUCUUCCUCUCCGGUUUCGUCAAUUCUUUUCGUCGCUCCUAGUCGAGCGACGUGCAGCCUGGAGCUGGUUUGAAAGAUGACUUUCAUUCGGUGUCGCACUUUUCUGGGGUGUCUACCACUUGCGUCGGGGGUCUGGCUACUCUCCCUGGUGGGGCUGAUGCUGGGGGCGUCUGCGGCCGUAGGUAGUUGGAUGGAAAUCAAUCUCAUGGCAUCCCAUCCAUUGCCACUUCAAGACGAGAUUGCCCAGUUCGUUCAAGCCAUCAUCUUCUCCUUGUUAGGACUCUUCUCUAUUCUUGGUUUCGCCGAAGGCAUCUGCAAGAACCGCAGCCUCGCCUUCGUCUAUUGCAAGCUUAUUGCAAUUCAUUACGCUGCGACAAUCGUGGCUUUUGCAUUCACAUUGUACUCAACGUUCAGACACGUUGAUUCGUUGACCGUCGCGUCCUGUAUACAGGGAGACCUCGAUGAAUUUGCUGUUCAGUUCUGCAACAAGGGUUGGUCUUUCGUGAAAGGGCUUCCGAUUAUUUGGUACAUCGUCGUUUUGUUGGUUCAAAUGCCUAUAUCCUUGCAAUAAAUUUUGCGGAGCAGUUGGACAUCGAUGACAUAUCUCGUAUAUCAAGGCAUUUUACGGUCCUAUCCUCCGAUGGAAUCCCUUUCCAUUCCAAGAACAUGGAUACUAUCCCUAUGCUAGUGCUCGUCUGGAAUAUAUCGACGCAGGUACUUGUCC